AUGAGUGCAAGCAACGAAGAACCUGAAACAAUCUCACUUUAUGAUAUGGUGGAUGAUGAGUCAGAAAUAAAUGAAGAUCAAAAUGAUGUAGACUUGUCGUUAAAUGAUUCAAAUCAACCUUUUGCAUGCAAUAGACAUUUGGAACCAUGUCUCAAUAUGGUAUUUGAUAAGCUUGAGGAUGCUAAAGCAUGUUAUAAUGCAUAUGCAAGGCGAAAGGGGUUUGACAUACGAGUAAAUCAUACUCGAAAGACAAAAAAUGAUAGAAUAUUGGUUGGUAUUGAAUAUGUUUGUUCAAAGGAAGGGUUUCGUUGUAGACGUGAUGAAGACAUAGAAAGAAUAGGUCCAGAGCGUGCAGAAACAAGAGUGGGAUGCAAAGCAAUGAUAGGUUUAAAGAAAAUUGAAGAUACAUGGGUUGUGUGUAAGUUUGUGGAGGAUCAUAAUCAUGAGCUUCUUACUCCUAAGAGUACAAGCAUGCUUCGUGGGCAUAGAGUGAUAACAAAUGCCCAAAGGAAUCUUAUAGAUACACUCAAUGAGACAGGUAUACCUCCAAGCAAGAUAAUGUCUGUGUUAAGUAAAGAAUCUGGUGGUGAUUAUAAUGUUGGAUGUAUUCUGGUUGAUAUUCAAAAUUAUUUGGGUUUUGUUUAUGCAGUUGAAGUUGAUGAAAAUGGGUGCAUGGGUAAUUGCUUUUGGGCAGAUGCUAGGUCAAGAAUUACAUACCAAUAUUUUGGAGGUGUUGUUACUUUUGAUGCUACAUACCAAACAAAUACUUAUAAGAUGCCUUUUGUUCCUUUCACAGGAACUUGGCUUAAUGCAAUGCUUGGAAAUCCUCCUUCUACAAUUAUCAUAGAUGAUGACAAGGCUAUGGCUAAGGCAAUUGCAAAUGGAGAAUUUCACCACUGCAUCCAUGAUACACUCACCAUUGAAGAGUUUGAGUUAGGAUGGAGUAAGAUUAUGGAGAACUAUGGAUUGGGGGAUAACGAUUGGUUGGGAAAUCUCUAUAUGCGGCGUGAAAAAUGGGUUCCCGCUUACUUAUGA